CUCUCACUGACGUCGACGCCAUCGCCGUCGUCGUACUGUCGUCGACGUCGGGCAUCGUCCCGGUCGCGUGCGUUAAUUCACGUUCGAUUAACGGAGUUAACGACGAUCGCGAUACACGUACGACGUGCGAUGGCGCGCGAAUGUGCGAAACGAUAACGAUAAUCGGCGGCGUCACCGGGGAUCAUACAUCGGUAUCGGGGAGAUCGUUCGCGACCGACGCGCGAGCGUCGUCGAGGGCCCUUUUAGCCUCGUCCGUCGAAAGGACGAAAGUCGGAUCCGCGUGCGAGCGACGUCAUCGGGCGAAGCGACGUCGCGGACAUUUGGACUUUGGCUCGAGUGAGAGAGAGAGAGAGGGAGAUAAGUCGAAAAUAGAUACUGAAAAUUAGAGACGUAACGAGGAGACGCGUUGGAGUUGGAGCGUCGAGCGAAAAGCGACGAGGAAACACGCGCGCCGUUUUCGUCGCCAUCGUCACCGUCAGUGCUGGAGAACGAGGCUCUUCCGUCCCCGUGAAAAUUUUCCUCGGCGAAAAUUCCCCUGGGCGCGCGUCCUCGGGGAGCGAACGCUCGAUCGCGACGAGAUAUAUAUUCGGAGGGAAAAAAAAUCGUUAACAUGAAAACGGCCUGCUUUCCUCGAUUAACGAAGCGUCGCGCAAUUGAUGUUUAUACGUGAGAGGAUAAUCGACAAAAGAGAAAGAAAGAGAGAGAGAGAGGAGAGCACGCCCUUGACAGCUUCUUUGCGCUCGGAAGAGGGCGGCUCGGAUCAUUCGGCCCCCAUAUGACGCCCCACUUAGGCCGCUAGGACAGCGCAUCCGCCACUGGCCGGUGGCGGUGACGAAAAGGGGCUGAUGUCAGUGCGGCCACUCGGCGGCGUUCGCUCGUAUCAGCAGCAGCGGCGGCGGCGGCUCAUCGGAUGCGCGAACGCGACAUCGGCGUCGUACCGUAAGCGAGGCGAGCUAGAACAUCGGCAGCGGCGGCAGGAGCACCGACACCAGCUACAACGUCAGCGGCGGGAGCAGGGGCAACGAGAACAACAGGAACAGGAACGACAACAACAACGACGACGACGACGACGACGACGACGGUGAUGCUCGGCGGCGGCCGCGAGAUACCAGCGACAGUGAUCGGCGGUGGUUCGGCGGCGACGAUUCACGACGGCGACGACGCAUCUGGCGCGCGCGAUCGUGGCUGCCGGCGUCCCGUGGCUCGUCCCGAGGCGCAGCUCGUGGAAUAAUGCGCGUUAGGCACGACGACGUUAGCACGACGACGAGGCGCCGCGUUACGACGAUUACGACGGGACGACGACGACGGUACGACGGUGCGACGUGUGGUGGGCCCGCGACCAGCGUGUGCUGCGGCCAGCUACGACGACGACGAGGAUUACUACUACGAUUACUACUACCACCGCUAUUACUACUACCACCACCACCGCCACCACCACCGCCAUCAUCAUCAUCGCCACCAUCAUCGCAGCUGCAACAGCGCAAUUAUGUACGGUUCCGAGAUCACGUAGUGUCGGGCGUGUAAUUAUGUUGUUGUCAUCGUCGCGCGGCGCGCCCUGCGUAGCUUCACGGUGAAAAUCUGGCGUGAACGGUUCCGCGGUGGAACGGGGAAUAUGGCGUCGGUCUCGGCCGAGACUCCAGCCAGCCAUGGGCACAGCUUCAGUAAGAAAACGUUUCACAAACCGACGUACUGCCAUAGCUGCACGGACAUGCUCUGGGGCCUCAUUCAGCAGGGGUACAUCUGCGAAGUGUGUAACUUCGUGGUGCACGACCGCUGUCUCAAGGCCGUCGUCUCUCCCUGCUCCAGCAUCGCGGCAAGCCUGAUUAAGAACCCGGUUGCACACUGUUGGUCCGAACAAGUACACCAUAAAAGAAAAUUCUGCAACGUCUGUCGGAAACGUUUGGAUGAUAAUAAUCCAUCCAUACACUGCGAAAUAUGCGAGUACUUCGUGCACAUAGAAUGCCAAGAUUUCGCGGUGGCAGACUGCAAGGAGAAUGCCACGUACUUGCCUGGGAAGGACCUGUCAGCAGUGAAACACACUCAUCACUGGCGGGAAGGCAAUCUUCCGAGCAGCUCUAAAUGUGCCGUAUGCAAAAAGAGUUGUUUUACUGCCGAGUGCCUUGCCGGGUUUCGUUGCGAGUGGUGCGGCAUGACGUCGCACGCGUAUUGUUACAAGAAUAUUCCCCAAGAAUGCACCUUUGGUAACUUGGAACCAAUUUACCUGCCGCCACAUGCAGUUAGUAUUCCGCGUACCGAAGUUCCAAUGGAAGCGAUCAUUGGAGUGCAAGUGCGUCGGAAAGAAGUAGCAACCCGUGAGUAUUCUUGCCAUAACAUCGGAGAGCAAUUCGAUUUCGCUGAGAGUGAACAAAAUGGGGCUGCAGGCCGCCUAGCCGAAGCUUUGAGGCGCCUUUCGCUAGUUUUGCCACGUAGCUGCCAUGGAAAUUGUCAUGCUUCCCCUCCUUAUGUUCGAGCGCGGAGCACAUCAGAAGAAUUUGGUAGUGACGCGAGGUAUCGUGAUAAUGGAGAACCGACACAGAGUGCAACGCAUGGCCGUGAUCCGCGUUCUCCUAAAGAGAAAGAAGACAAAGAAAGAGGUGACGAAGAGAUGAUUAAGGUAUACGACGGCAACAACUCCUUGAGGCGAAGGAUAUUUCGGGUAAUUCCGGUACCUAGGCAGGCUACGACAGAGCAGGUCCUCACAUUGGCAUUGCGCGCAUUUCACAUCACGAAAGAUCCUAGCAACUUUUACUUAACCGACCUGUAUGCCGCGGAGGAAACUGAGUUGUAUGACCCAAUGCCUGUUUUAAAUUUAAAUCGCCAAGAAGGCAAACGUCCGGCUGUGUUCUUACGAUUUAAAAAUAAUGACAGUGGAGAAGUACGAGUUUAUCCGGGCAAAUUGCAGGUAUCAGAGUCAUUCUGUAUAGUACCUGUCACCGAAGCAACAAGUGUUGCAGACUUAAUAAGCGAAGCACUCGAGAAAUUUGGUUUAGAAAAUUUUAAUUGCGACGACUAUAGGUGCAGUGAAAUUCUUUUAGACCGUGGCGUGACGGAAAGAGUUUUGUCCUGGGACGAAAGACCUUGGGAUAUUGUUAAGAAGCUGGGAAAAGAUUCUAUUAGGCAAAUGGAACUAAUGCGGUUCUAUCUACAAUUAAAGCAAGAUCCCCAUGGACCGAAUUUGGCUUUAUUUGUUGGCAACUUGCCGCCAAAUCUGUCUGAAAGGAGCUAUGAGAAUAUGUUGAUAGAAUUUUUAGGAAAAGAAAAUAGGUUCUCAUUAAUUGGCCCAAUUUACUACGAAUACGGUUCGAUGGUCAUUAUAUACGAGGAUUCGAAUAAAGCGGUCAGAGCAUUAUAUGCGUUGCGAGAGUCAAAAUACGAAGACAAAGGUCUUCUAGUAAUGCUUUUACCGAGUAUCGAGCCAAGUAUGGUACCACCGGGUGUUCAACCACUGCUCGUGUUUGUAAAUGUAAAAUCUGGCGGCUGUCAAGGACUUCAGUUAAUUUCUAGUUUUCGUAAAUUGUUAAAUCCCUAUCAAGUGUUUGAUCUCGAUAACGGUGGACCUCUCCCCGGGCUUUACGUUUUCCGCCACAUAAAAGACUACAAAAUAUUAGUUUGCGGUGGUGAUGGGACAAUAGGCUGGGUAUUACAGUGUUUAGAUAAUGUGGGUCAGGAUAGUGAGUGUUCUUCUCCUGCUUGCGCUAUUGUACCUUUGGGAACAGGAAACGAUCUUGCGCGUGUAUUAUGUUGGGGUUCAGGAUACACAGGCGACGAGGACCCGUUAAACUUAUUGCGAGAUGUUAUCGAUGCGGAAGAAAUAAUAUUGGAUAGAUGGACGGUAGUUUUUCAUCCGGAAGAGAAGGAACAGACUCAAGUAGUUUGUAAUGCUGCAGGCGCUGGUUCAACAAGCGAAGACAAUACGCAAAUAUAUGUAAUGAACAAUUAUUUUGGCAUCGGCGUCGAUGCGGAUUUAUGUCUUGACUUUCACAACGCGAGAGAAGAAAACCCUAAUAAGUUCAAAAGCAGAUUACGAAAUAAAGGUGUAUAUGUAACUAUGGGUUUACGUAAGAUGGUUAGACGUAAGCCGUGCAAAGAUUUACAUAAAGAAAUUCGGUUAGAAGUAGAUGGUAAAUUGGUCGAAUUACCGCAAGUGGAGGGAAUAAUUAUUCUGAACAUUUUAAGUUGGGGUUCUGGUGCUAAUCCGUGGGGACCAGAUACCAAAGAAGAUCAAUUUUAUACACCAAAUCACUGGGAUGGUAUGUUAGAGGUUGUCGGAGUCACAGGCGUUAUGCAUCUUGGACAAAUACAGUCGGGUCUACGUACGGCUAUGAGAAUAGCGCAGGGCGGACAUAUAAAAAUUCACUUAAAUUCGGAUAUACCUGUACAAGUAGACGGCGAACCGUGGGUUCAGAGUCCCGGAGACAUUGUAGUCUUGAAGUCUGCGCUCAAGGCUACCAUGUUGAAGAAAAGUAAGAUCAAGCGUCGCAAUACCGAACCGUCGAUUCUACCUGCUAAUGGGGAGGGGGGCAAGAGCACGGACGAGUAAUCCAACCAUACUACAGCUCACAACUGCUCGAACGUUUAAUCGAGUAUUUCGAAGAUACGCGACAUCUCUCAACCUAGAUUCCUCGACGUGCGUAAGCAGCGCGAGAGAGGAGUCUCGGUGUGAUAAACCGUGCCGUCUAUCUCUAUAAAGCGAUUCCACCUAUACAAAAAAAAAAAGAAAAAUUCGAUCCCUCCUCGUUGAUGCAUGUAAAACCGAUCAAUUCUCCGUAACACCUUGUCGAUGCCUCGAUCCAAUGCAGCUAGCUCGAGCUUGUGUCGUAAUGUGUGGAUUUAGACGCAUUCUAUCGGAUAGUAGUUAGUUAGUUUUGCGAGAGUAAAAAUUUUUCUUCUCUUUUUUCUCCUUUUUUCUAUACGUAUAAGUUAUUGACCCUGAGUUUCGCAAUCUCUUUCUCUCUUUCUCUUUCUCUCUCUCUCUCUCU